GAUUAUUCGGUAUCUGAGGAGAUCGAGAAGCUUAUCAAGUUCUGCGAGGACUUGUCGGGUGGCGUGGGUGGUACCUUCACCUUCAAACAGAUCUUCUACGCCAAGGGCUGUGGUGGCGCUUUUGAAUCGCUCGUCGGCACCAUGAUCGCGGCUAAGAAGCAGGUUUUGCUCCCUCAUCCAUCUCUCAUCUCCCUCUUGCCGGACUACCUCUAA